AACACAAGCCUAACCAGAGUUAAAGGUGAACCGGGGAAUCUUGCCGAUUCCAAGCGUUUUAACUCACACGUUGUAACCUCCGUCUGACCAGGGUUAAGCCAGGCCGGGUUGAAUCUCUCGGAUUUUGCGCAUUCUUUGACAUCCAUAAAAUCAUAUUUAGAAAGGGAUGCGAGAAAAUAGCGUACGAUGAUCAGUAAUCGGAGACCCCUUCCAGAAGCAAUUCAUAAAGUCCGUUCAAGAUGUACAGUGCAAGGAAAUAUCCAGCAGUUAGUUUGAUGCCCCCCAGGUCCCAAGGUCCUGAUCAGCAUGAAAGAGGUUUAGUACCAGUGGGCUCAAACAAUGCAAUGAAUAGUUCUGUUACUUCUGGAAUGGCAUCAUCAAAGCAACGCUUGCGGUGGACUCCUGAAUUACAUGAGCGCUUUGUGGACGCUGUUGCAGAACUUGGUGGACCAGAUAGAGCAACUCCGAAAGGCGUUUUAAGAGUAAUGGGUGUGCAGGGUCUUACUAUCUAUCAUGUGAAGAGCCAUUUACAGAAGUAUCGCCUAUCCAAAUACCUACCAGACUCUGGAGCCGAUGGUGACAAAUCAGAAAAGAAAGACUCUGCUGAUAUCCUCUCCAAUUUGGAUGCUGCAUCGGGAAUGCAAAUUACAGAAGCAUUGCAGAUGCAGAUGGAAGUACAAAAACGCCUGCACGAGCAGCUUGAGGUGCAAAGGCAAUUGCAGUUGCGCAUUGAGGCACAAGGGAAAUAUCUGCAGAAGAUCAUAGAAGAACAACAAAGACUAAGCGGUGCAUUGAAAGAUGGUACAACUUCAUCAGGUUUUAGUUUGCCUGCAUCUGUGAUGCUAUCUGAACAGGCACCUGAUGCUAAAAUGAAUCUUUCUAGUUUGGUUCCUGGUUCAGUGGCUUCCCAAGAUGGUACAGGGGCUGAAGGAACUUCCAGUUUAGUGGCAAAGCCAUCUUUCAAUUGCUUGUCACAUGAUGAAUCUCAGUCACUUUCUUCACAGCAGGGUCCACCAUCAUCAGAAUCACUUGGAGAUGAUGAAUCAUCCAGCAGGGCCAAUUCACCCGAGGAAAGUCCAAGGAGUGGGCAGCCGCCACAGAAGAAACUCAGACUGGAUUGUAUAUCAGAAUCCUCAGAUCAGCAGAUAUGCAAGCAAUCUGAUGAGGAGCAUACUGGUUUUAAUGCUGUGGAGUCUGGUCACUUUGAACAUGGUGACAUCAAUCAAAGCCAAACUGGUGUCAAUAUGGCUGAUGUCCUUCAGCAUGCCCAUUCUGGCUCAAGUUUUCAGCCCAGGGAUUCCCUACCUUUUAUUGUAAACACACACCAACUCCCACAUUCUCAUGCAGCUCCACAUCUACUCUCUCUUCCUCACCCAGUAGAUUCGGCUGCUGCUUUGUCUACGCCAGGAAUGCCUCAGCCUCAUGAUCAACAAUUUGCCCAGAUAAACCAAGUUAGAAAUAGUGAUGCAUUUGGUCCUGCAAAAAUGCUUCAAUCAUCAGAUGAUGAAUUCCGACCUGUUGACUCUGUUGCAAGAAUGACAGGUCUACAGGAAGGCAGUGUACAUGAUAGGAAUCAUGCGUAGAAAUGCUUGGUGAGCCAGGAAUGUUUUACCUGAUCAAAUUGGAAUAGUUGCCACUCUGUACUCACCUAAUGAUGUUUGAACUUUAUAUAGUACACAAAACAUGCCAAUUGGUGAAAUUAGUGUAAUGUACAGUUUAGCUGCUAUCAAAAGCAAAAAGUAUGCAGAAGCUUCACACUGCUUUCAAUAUAGAUUAAAACUUGUCGCUAUGUAGCUAUUCAAAUUUAGAUGGGCUGUAAAUUAUAAUGUUGUCUUGAUUAAUGUUGGCGGUAAUAUUAGACCCUUGUUACCCAAAUGGGUACAUAUACAAGGCAAGUCUGAUUUCAAAGUUAUCACGAUUCCAAUGAGAAGGGAAUUCAGAGAAGCUGUUAGUUGUAGGGAACUUAGAGAAGCUGCUUGUCCUAGGUACCAGACCAAAUGCUUGUGGCCUGGCUGUAAAGGUAAUUGUAACUGCUGGAUUUCAUGCUUUAACCAUCAUUUUCCUUGAA